AUUCUGCCAACCUUGCGUUUAUAGAUUUCCAUACUUUUUUUUAGAAUUAAAUGUAAUUUAUCUCCUGUAAUAUGUAAAAUGAGUAAAUAUUCUCGUCUAAACUACUUUCACAAACUGUUUGGCCAAUUUAAUCAUUUGUUUUUUCAAUGACAACAAGUCAUCUCCCCUUAAGAAAUUCAAUUGGUUGGUCAACAAUACAAUGCAACGCAUAUCGUUAGCCAUAUCAAAAGAGACAAAUUAGCAUUUGGUGAAACUUGUUGUUUUUUAAGUUAUUGCAAAUAUUUAAGAAAAAGCGAUUAUCUAAAUGAAAGAAUAAACUGAUGAGAAUGAUUUCACACCUACCUAAGCAUUUAUAGAAUUUAGGACACUGAGGAUGUUUAGCUGUCAUAUGAAUAAUUGUACAUACUCAUUAAUGCAGUUGUCAUGUGACAUAAUGCAACCCACACAGAUUCAUCCUCAACAUUUGCAGUUGCAUGGCUUUUCAGGAGGGGAAAUUGGUGAAAGCAAAAGAUAGUUUUUCACAAAAUUGGAUUAGGAUAAAAUUAAAAGGUGGUGUUGAGAUGACCUAAUAUAUAUGGUUUUUAUUUUUAUUUUUAUUUAAUCAAAUAUCAAUACUUAACAAAGAUAAUUACAAUAAAAUCAACAAUACCAUAAUAAUGAAAUCUAAACAACACCUUCUAUUACAAUUGAUAACACAUCCUAUGCAGCAGAUCCUAUUCAAUGUAUAUAGUGAGAUUUAAAUUCAUGAUCUCUACUCCGCCAUAUGAACUUAUUUUGCAGCCAAUUGGGUAUGAAUAUGGAUAUGGGGCUCCUACUACAUUUUUGGUGGGUCGAUGCAAAGUCAACGUCAACUAAGUUUUAUUUUUCUAUGAUGUACAGAUAGUUGUGGUGUGAACAAUAAGAUUGUAAAAUAUUAAAAGACUAUAUAUUAUAUAAUACCGGGAAAGGUAUUUAAAUAUUUCUUUUGAAGUGAGCCAGCUAUUCAGAUGGUAUUUUAUAGCAACCAAGAAGGAGAAGAAGAUUGGUUCAGAGGCUGCAAGGGCUGUCUCUCUCUGGGUUACUGAAGAAGCAGAGACGGAGAAUAGAUUGAUUCAAGAAUGAGGAGCUUUGUUAGAAUUUCUGCACUGCUAUGGGCUGACAUAUUGGUUGGAUACGCAUUUUUUGAAAUGCAAAAUUAUUUAACUGACGUUUGGAAACUGGAUUUAACUCAUGCUGCUGGAAUUUUGAACAUCUGGACUGGACUUUCAAUGGUAUUGCCAGCUUUCUUUCUCUUCCUUGUUGACGCACGUCUCGGGAAUUUCACGAUGCUCGUGAUUUCUAGCAUUGCCUACACCGUGGGCAUUGCGUUUGUUACAAUGUCAACCCCACCCGUACUCGCCAAUCGUACAGGCACGUGCAAACAAUACCAGCCAGAAUGUAUUGGUCAUACCCAGAAAGUUCUCUUCUAUGUAGGCAUGGCAUCUGUAGCCGUGGGAAUUGCUGGCAACCUUGUCUCUGUACAUCCUUUCCGUGAGGAACAGGAAAAUAAAUCUAAUAGUAAUCCGACGAUAGAUUUCUUAAAAAUACCAGGUUUUAUUCUUGUGGUGCUGAUACCGGUAAUUGGAGCUAUUGCACUUCCAUACAUAAAACCAUGGUCCCUCCGGUUUGGAAUCCCAGCAAUAUGUACCGCGGUUGCUACCUUUCUUUUUUUGAGUGGUUGGCGUGCAUAUGAUAAGGCUAAACCGCAGGGGAGCCCCGUAUCUAACGUUUGCAGAGUAUUUGUGGCCUCUGCUUACAAGAGAUCCAAACCAUUUCCGCUUGAUUCUAGAGAUCUUUACAGAAAAGAUAACGAGUCAUUUUCCCGUACUCGUUUCCUCAGGUGCCUAGAGCGAGCCGCCAUUAUAUUGCCAGAUGUAAGUCGAGAAGAUCAAGAGAAUGAUAAAUGGAGACUCUGCUCAGUAUCACAAGUCGAAGAAGCCAAAAUUGCUGUCCGCAUGGUCCCUAUGUGGCUCACCUUCAUAAUUUGCGGCAUCGUAUCCUCUGUUGCAAACACUUACUUUGUAGAGCAAGCGAAUAAAAUGAAUCGCAAAGUUGGAAAAUGGAAAGUUCCUCUUCAGGUGCUUCUACUGCUAAACAAGUGGGCAAAGGUAUGGUUCGGUGUAUCGGCCAACCGGUCUUUAAAGAAAUAUAAACAAUAUGCAGCCCCCAUAGGGAUUGCAAUCGCUAUGGUGUUCUCAGUUCUAUGUUGCAUAACGGCUGCAAGAGUAGAGACAAGGAGGCUGAAUGUGAUUAGAAGGCAUGGUUUACUCGACAAGCCUGACGACGAAAUUCCAAUGAGUAUAUUUUGGCUGCUUUUCCAGUUUGUCCUACAAGCCGGGCUGGAGGCCUUCCUUGAAAAGGGCGUUGCUGCUUUCUACAAGGAUCAGGCUCCUGAUUCCAUGGAAACCUACAUCGAACAUUUCACUUAUGCAGUGUCUGGUCUGGGAUUCAUGUGCAGUGUGCUUACAGUCUACGUUGUGGGGAAAAUAAGUGAAAGAGGAGGCAAACCAAACUGGUUCCAGCCCACGUUGAACAUGAGUCGUUUGGAUCGGUAUUACUGGGUGCUGGCAGCAUUAAGUUCUGUGAAUCUACUUGUAUUCAUAUUAGUUGCCUCAAUGUACAGAUACAAGAACAGGGAAGCUGGAGACGACUACGCCGUUGAUACAGGAGAAUCUGCUGCACCCUCUGGUAUAAAUCAGAAUGAUGAUUGAUGUUUGUUGGAUAUUUUGUUACUGUCGUAAUUACUAAUUAGAGAGUUUGUGUUUCUUGAAUUCUUCAACAUUCUUUAAACUUUGGGUUCAACUCAUUUUCUUGAUUCUAAAGAUUUGAUCUUCUGCUUCCUUUGGGCCAUUCCAGGCCGAAUUAGUUGUUACUGGCUGUCAUCUGUCAAUGCAAAUCCAUAUUCUCUAAAA